CGAACGUGCUACACAGAAUGAAUAAAUAAAUUUAUAAGAACCCUAAAAGCCCCGAACGCACAGUCUUUGAAUUAUUGUAAAAAAAAAUAUCGAUACGGAGGCCUCAUUGUUUUCUAAUGUAUAGAGAAAGCUAAAUAUCACAUAACGAAGAGGCUGUGUGAAUGUGAAUGAUUAUGCGAAUAAAAACAAAAACGUAGCAUUUGUACAUGACAUUGAUAUUAAACUCGGCUCUAAUGCUAAUGUAGCGGGAAGAACGGCGUCUGUCAGAGCAUUGUAACGCGUUCACUUUCUCCGCAGUCCCAAAACAUUAAUCUCUUGCUCAUCGCUUCAUGAUUACGUUAUACCUACGUAUUGUGCUUCGUCAGCGUAUUAUUUCAACCUUUCUACAUAAUAUUAAUUUAUUACAACAAUUAGUUGAACACUUCCAUUUCCUGAAAAAUCGCUACUUCAUUUUGAAACAAAACGCAAAAUUUCCCUUCAAACAGGUUACCAGUUGUGUUGCGAUAGAAGACCCGAAUUCACUGAACCGUGUAAAGAAACAAACGUGAAGUGAAGUGGACAUAGUAUUAAAAAAAAAAAAAACAUUACAAUCGCGUUAUAUAAUAUUUGGUGGAUGCGCCAGAGCACUUGGGAUUGAGUGAAAGUUUUUUUACCUUUGCGUGGGAGAGUCCGAGGAAGACAAAGCUGAAAGGAACAAUGGAUCACCUGUUCCGGCAACGUCGGAUUAGUGUGCCGAAGCGAACAAGCGAGCUGGUAGCUCUAGUUGCGGUAUCGUGCACAUUGUUCCUGUUCCUUCACACACGAGACCUGAGCACUAAGCUUCGAAGGAUCCAGGGCCGACUAAACGAUGACGUCACUGCUUUCAACCACCUUACUGAUCGUGUUCAUACUGACCAGACGGAGCACACGCUGGGAACUGCGCAGGAGUACAAAGGUGGUCUUCAGGCCUUACGCAGACACAGCGGUGCUGAGCGCAAUAAGCCCCAAAGGACAUUAGAAGCGGAACCAAGCGAAGCGGACGCAUCUCAAGAGCAAAUAGAACAAGAAUACUUAGACAAAGAACUAAUUCCUGAACCGUGGGAACUAAACAACACAGCCCGAGCCGGCAGAGAGAUGCUUUUCUUCAACAGGGUGCCCAAGGUCGGAAGUCAGACCUUCAUGGAACUAUUAAGACGACUGGCCAUCAGAAAUCAAUUUGGUUUCCACCGUGACGCGGUGCAGCGUGUAGAAACGAUUCGUCUGGCCCCCGCAGACCAGCAGCUCCUCGUGAGUCUUGUAUCGGCUCACGCGCCGCCCGCUUCCUACAUCAAACACGUCUGCUAUACAAACUUUACAAGGUUUGGGUUCCCAUCGCCGAUAUAUGUGAACGUGGUAAGGGACCCCGUGGAGCGCGUCAUCUCUUGGUACUACUACGUGCGCGCGCCGUGGUACUACGUGGAGAGGAAGAGAGCCUUCCCAGAUCUGCCGUUACCCGACCCAGCCUGGCUGAAAAAGGAUUUUGAAACCUGCGUAUUGAGCGGAGAUCGCGAGUGUCAGUACAUCGAAGGCGAAACGCACGAAGGCAUCGGGGACCAUCGUCGACAAACCCUGUUCUUCUGCGGACACGAGGCCCAGUGCACGCCGUUUAAUAGUGUUGGGGCGUUGCAAAGAGCGAAACGUGUUGUUGAAGAGCAGUAUGCAGUCGUCGGCGUACUAGAAGAUAUGAACUCAACUCUGUUGGCGUUCGAACGCUACGUACCGAGAUUUUUCACAGGCGCUUCGCGUUUGUAUUGGGAAGAGUUGAACACUUUCAAUCGCAUUAAUCGAAACGCGUUCAAGCCUCCGGUCUCCGAAGCCGUCAAGCAAAUCGUUCGAGCGAACUUCACAAGAGAAAUAGAAUUCUACGAAUUCUGCAAACAGAGGCUGCACAUGCAACUGAAGGCGUUGCGAGAUCCGACUAUAACAUUGCCGACACCGACCAGAAGUUGGAGGCGGAAGAGGGAAUCCAAAAUAAAUGACUUCAAUUGAAACAGUGAGAAUUUUUGUCAAACGAAAUACUUGAUACUAAGAUUAUGGUAAAUUUUAGGAAAUAAAGGGUUUUUAGACGCGCGAUUUUAGUAGCUACGUCAACGUAAUAAAAUUCUGUGAAUGCAGAUUGUUUAUGCUGCGCUUGAAUCUAUAAAACCUCAAUUGGGUUUUUGAUUAGUUUCGUAUCAAAAAAAUUUGUUUGUAUACUCUGAGAAGUGACUAUAAUUCCACAUUCAAACAUACUUUUAACAAUCUAUGUACAUUGAUUGGCUGUCAAUCGCGAACUCGAUUGGCAUGACCGGCUUUCGCCUCCCGCUUUGCGGGGAGGGAGGUUGAGGUCGAUAUUCCUACGCUCCUUAUAGUCUACUGAUUAAUUUUGUUGCGAGAUCUAUCUUAAAUUUACCCUUGAGUAGUCGGAACCUCAUUGUUCAGAGCCUUUUUACCUGGUCGCUGUCGAUCCUGCUUAGACAACAGUUAUACAGUGGUGGGAGUGAUUAGGGGCAAGUCAAUCGAUUUAUAAAAAUAAAAAUGAAUGUUCGUCUCUAUUGCAUUGUUUUUACUGUCAUUAAAGGCAUAUGAGCGUACGGCCCAUGUAAUGGUACGUUGUCACCGUCGCUUAUGCAUACCAGCAAUGUCAGCGGCAAGCUGCUACUAAGUGCUACUGCAUUUCUAAACCAUUUAUCCGAUUGUGAUAAAACUUGUUAAAGUUGUUGUUGAGACUCCAGGGAAUUUUUAUUUAUGUAUUGCUUAGCUGGGUGGACGAGCUCAAAGCCCACCUGGUGUUAAGUGAUUACUGGAGCCCAUAGACAUCCACAACGCAAAUGCGCCAUCCACCUUGAGAUAUAAGUUCUAAGGUGUCAAGUAUAGUAACAACGGCUGCCCCACCCUUCAAACCAAAACGCAUUACUGCUUCACGGCAGAAAUAGGCAGGCUGGUGGUACCUACCCGCGCGGACUCACAAGAAGUCCUACCACCAGUAAUUUCAAAACCGAAUUUUCUAAUACAACUAUCCAUACAAUUAAAAAUGGUUUUCAGUAAUAUCUAUAUAUAAAAAUGAAUUGCUGUUCGUUAGUCUCGUUAAAACUCAAGAACGGCUGAACCGAUUUGGCUAAUUUUGGUCUUGAAUUAUUUGUGGAAGUCCAGAGAAGGUUUAAAAUGUAGAUAAAUAUGAAAAUGCUCGGAAUUAAAUUAAAAUUACAAUUUUGUUUUCCCUUUGAUGUCUCCCCGUCCGACGGAUUCCUUUUGUUUGUAUCUUUUAUUUAUCGAUUGAGGCACUACGAAGUCUGCCGGGUCAGCUAGUAUGCAAUAAAAGCAAUACAUUUAUGUCCAAGAUUGAAUUAAAACGUGAAACAUAAUAUGUAAUGCUGUCAAUGGAUAGCAUAUUUUUUAUUUUCUUGCUUUUUAUAAUCUAAAACACACAUAUCGUUGAAUAACUCAUAUGUAUGAUUUAGUUUACAACAAAAUCUUUAUUAUUUUAUUGUUAUUAUUGUACGACGUAACGAACACAAAGACUUUCAAUAAGAUUUUGUUAAAAUGAUAAGUUGUGAAUAUUAAAUCCUUUAUCUAAUAUUUAGUAUUAAUAAUUAUGUUAAGUUCGUUUUGUAGCAGCAGUAAUGUAAAUAAUACUUUUAGUAUAAUAAUUUAUAUCUCUUUUUGUGAUUGCUUUGUUCUAAUUUAAGGUAAAAAUUAUGAAAUUAAUUAAUAAUUAUUUAUGUUGUGACCCGUUUCGGUUAGUUGAAAGAUAUUCUAAUAUCGAAUGCAAUAAAAUAAUGUCACUAUGCGAAA